CAAUCCAGUUCAUUUUUUGAAGAAGCCCAUUUUGCCCUUCUUGCCGUUGUAUCAUCACAAACCAGCUGAAUUCGCACUCACCACACCUCCACUUCCCGGAAAUCGCCGCCGGAUUUCGUCGUCGUAGGAACGAACACCGACAGAAACAGCAUCCACAGCAAUAAUGAAGGUGCGUUCAUCUGUGAAGAAAAUGUGUGAGUAUUGUAGGACCAUUAAACGUAAAGGACGAGUUUAUAUCAUGUGCACUGCUAACCCUAAGCAUAAACAAAGACAAGGCAUGUCAACCUUUGCAUAUGAAGCUCCGUCGCAUCAGCUGUCUGUGGAGAUAAGUUCAAGUUGCGCUGCGCAGGAGAUUAAGCCACUCCAUACUUCACGAACAGGUCUGGCUUCUAUUAUUCCUCAAAGGCACAGCUUGUCUAUGUUGUAUGGAUGGAGAGUUGGCCUGGCCUCUAUUCUGUCUAAGAAGUAGGGAAGUAAUUAUCAAAGAAUAAAUAUGAAGAUAUUGUUAGUCAAUCAUACUGGAUUGAGGGCCUCUAGCUCUCUCUCUUCUUUGUAUUUGAUGAUGAAGUUAUCUCCUUAUACUUGUUUUGUUCUGCGCCGUAUUUGAUAUGCAUCACUCUUGGAUUUUGUUUCUUCGUCAAUAUGGUCAACAGAAAGUACCAUCGUUGCAUUAUGUUUGAAUGUUCACUGGAUCAGUGGAGCACAGUUAAUAGGUGCCCACCUCCAUGAAUUGUGUGACCUGGAGAAUGGAAGAAAAUCUUUGCUAUUCCUGUAAUACCUACUCCUUUAAUAUCAUGGCCCUUAACAUGAGUUGUGUUUUUGGAUUUUUUAAAUAAAA